UACCCCCUUUGAUUGGAAAAACCAAGAAGACACCAUUGGCAAACACAGCUCUGGUCAGUAACACAUCGAACGAUCGAGACUGUAGUAAUCAUCUAGAGAAACCUUUAAGAAUUAAGAUUGCAAAUUGCUCGGCUUCAUCCGUUGAUGUGUUUACAUGUAUAAUUAGCAGAAUCUGACACCGGUCCAGGAUGGGUUUCUUCAGCGGCGUAGGCAGAAUCAUCAUUGUACUGCUGAAUAUCGUUUUUGUGAUUGUUUCUUUCGUGCUGUUGGCGUCUGGUCUUGUACUGAAAUUCUUACCACACAAUGAUUAUAUCAAAAGCACAGAAGAUCAGCUGAAAGACGCUCUAAAAACCCUGCUCGAAAAUACAGGACAUGAUAAUGCCGACUUGAGCAAUUUCAGUUUGGCGGGAAUGUUUGAAACGGUCGCCAUUUGCCUCAUUGUGAUUGGCGCCUUUCUUUUAUUCGUGGCGUUUUGUGGAUGUUGUGGAGCCUGCUGCAAAAUCCAGACACUUUUGAUCGUCUACGCAGGUAUCCUUAUUUUCCUGCUGGUGGGAGAGCUGGUAGUGAUUAUCGUCCUGUAUGCGUCCCCAGCGGUGAAAGACAUGGUUAAAACUGAACUGACUUCUUCCUUACAAAACUACAAAGGACUGACCGCGACAAAUGUGGAGUCGUUGUUAUGGAACGCGGCAAUGAUAGAGUUCAAAUGCUGUGGAGUCAACAAUUAUGGGGAUUUUGCCAAGUACGCACCGAAUUGGGACAAUACACCAGACAUUGCCGGUACAGAUGCCUCUGCAUUGAUAACACCUGUCGCGUGUUGUGUGACAAUCCCAGCCACCGCAGCAGAAGCACUGACUUGCGCCGCAGGUACCCUGGAUUCUACAAAAAACAAUUACAACAAGGGAUGCUUCGACAGUAUCUGGGACAAGAUGUUCGAUAACCCUAUCAUGCUGGGCAUCGUGUUGGCAGUUGCGUUCGCCAUACAGAUACUCUUAAUCAUCUUCACUAUAUUGAUGUACAAAGAAAACAAAGACAACAAAGUGAAUUCCGUUUUCUAACCAGAGUGACGGGGUCAAUGAACGAGAUGACCCUCAUUAACACAGAUCAUGCGAACAUAUUUUUAUUAUUUUUUAAAAGUCAGUGAUUAUAUACAAAUCCUAUAACAACCAAUGAAAAUGUUUUACACAAUCAGUGUCUGUAUUUAUAUAGGUGGGAAUCUGCAAAAUUCAAUUAGUUUUUUUUCUGUAUGAAGUUUAGGUCUGACAAAUGUACAUACAUUAAGGAUGCAUAUGUGCUAAGUUCAAUUUGUUUCUGACUAUGUAGUUUUGGAUACACAAAAAUUAGCAGUUUCUGACUAGUUUACGAAGUUUAAAAAGUGUUAAAAACGACCACUAUGAUCAAAUUCUGACGCAUGUUUGUUGAAACAAUAGUUUAAAAUCAACUUUUUUGGUUUAAUGAUUUACGUCAUUUAAAUAAAAAACGCAAUUCGUUGGAUGUUCGCUGAUACAUUCCAGUGUCACAUCCAGGAUUGCAAUUCAUCCAUAUUAGGUAACUUACCUGAUCAUCAGCUCUGUGAACUGACACUUAGCAUUUGGUUUGAAAGUGUUAAUUAUUUGUAAUUAUCCGUUUUUUGUUGUUGUUGUUGUUUUAUUUUAGUUUUAUGACGUGAAUGUAAUUUAUUAUGCUUUAACUCUUUUCUUUUUUUCACAGAAAUUUUGGAUAUUACUCAUUUUGUUAACAACAAAAUACAGAUUAUAAAUUUUAAUUUUUCAAUUAACUUUUCCAACAUCAUAAUGUUUUUAUCUCACAGUUGUUAUAAAUAAAGAAGUUACGUUCUUUG